AGUCGCAAGAUGGCCGACGUCGCUUGAAAGUAUGUUCCUCUCCUCAAUAUGAAGCCGUGAGUGAGACAGAGAGUGAGGGAGUUUACGUUUUGGGGUUUUUUGUUUUUUGUUUUAUUUUAGUUCUUUUACUUUCUUUUUUUGUUUUCGUUUCAUCGUCCACUUCAUUCCGGAUUCGUCCCCGCUGUCUCGGAUUCGUCUGGACUAGUUUGAGUCGUCAGUCAGUCAGUCAGUCAGUCACACACACACCGGGCUCUGGCUAACGGGCUGCGGUAGCUUAGCUCGGUUUGUUAGCCGCAGAGCAGCAGCUUCGCGUUAAAUCUGUUAGCCAGCAUCAAACAUUUUAGUCAUACUUUACAGGAUCUGUACACCGCAGUCACACCAAAACAGUGGGCGCAGCGUUCAAACACUAUGCUAGAUCGGCCAGCAGUUUCAUAGUCGCGGUUUAACGUGGUGCCAGUUCGCUAGCAUGUAGGAUUAUAUAGCUAUCUUUGGACAUUUUCACCGUUGUCGACACCGUUACCGCCGUUAUCUCCCACCGUAACGUUGUAUAAGUACCGUCGAUCAUGUUUUCCCACCGAGCCACACUGCACUGAAUGCAAAUAGUCCGUAGUUUGGACAGUAGUGUUGGCAUCGUACCAAAACACAGAGAAAGGAAUGGCUGCACACUGCACGUACAUGACCAGAUAUAAGACAUAGCCUCACCCACAACUAUACUUUCACAGACUUACACGUACACAACGCAUUUUUGGCGAAAAAUCAGUUGUUCAGUUAACGUUACCCCAGCUGUAGUUCCCACCUAGUCACGUUAAGAAAGACUGACUGGGCACGCGAAGAUUAAUAACUCUGUGAGGAGCAACGUUACUCAUCUUGCACAGCUACUGCAAACGCACGCUUUUCUGAGACUAGUACGGGACAUAAAGGCGCGCUAUGGGAGUGCAGGGCUUUCAGGAGUAUUUGGAGAAACGCUGCCCCGGGGCGGCGGUCCCCGUGGACCUCCUCAAGCUGGCUAGAACAGCAGGCCGACAGCCUCCACACCACCACCACCCUCAUCCUCACCACCACCAUCCCCAUCACCCCGGCUCACUGCCUCCGCCCCCACCGCCCGCGCGGAUCCUGGUGGACGCGGACUCGGGCCUCCAGCGGCUCUACGGCGGCUACCAAACCGAUUGGGUGUGCGGCGGCGAGUGGAACGCCAUGCUGGGCUACCUGGCGGCCUUGUCUCAGGCCUGCCUGUACCAGGGCGGCCUGGAGCUCGUCGUCGUGUUCAACGGCACGCUGGGCAAGGAGCGCUGGCCCGAGUGGGCGCGGCGGGCGCAGGGGCAGCGGCAGACCGCGCAGCUCAUCGUCAACCACGUCGGCAGCAAGGCCACGCCGCCCCCGCGGGCAUGGUUCCUGCCGCCCGCUUGCCUGAGCCACUGCGUCCGCCUCGCCAUGUUCCGCUUCCGCGUGCGGGUGGUACAGACCCUUGAGGACCACCACCAGGAGGUGCUAUCCCUGUACAGAGACUACGGUUUUCAGGGCCUGAUUGCACAGGACUCGGAGUUCGCUCUAUGCAAUGUCCCAGCCUAUUUCAGCUCCCAUGCUCUCAAGCUCUCCUGGAACGGCAAGAAUCUGACCACUCAUCAGUACCUGCUGUCUGAGGCUGCUCGCCAGUUGGGUCUCAAAACCCAGCACCUGCCCAUCUUUGCUGCCCUGCUCGGGAACCACAUUCUGCCAGAUGAAGACCUGGCUGCCUUUCAUUGGAGUCUCUUGGGUCCAGAACACCCUCUUGCCUCCCUCAAGGUAAGGGCUCAUCAGUUAGUCCUCCCUCCUUGUGAGGUUGUGAUUAAGGCUGUAUCAGAGUAUGUUGCAUCUAUCAAAGACCUUGGGAACCUGGAUGCUGUGGCCAGGGAUGUAUUUAAACAGUCUCAGUCUCGGACUGAAGAUAAGAUCGAAAGGUUUAAGAAAGCAGUGGAGUAUUUUUCGGCGGCCAGUAAACCAAGACCUCUUUCAAUGGGACCUUCUCAUUACCUCUUUCCAGGUUUUGGGCCUGGUCAGUUUGGCGGACCUCCAGGCCACAUGGCGGCAGUACAGUCUGGAAAGGCCCAGUUCGGUCCACCCCAGGUGUCAGGUGUUAAGGUGCCUUAUCCAGGUGGGCCCUAUGGACCCGGCCCAGCGUCUGGUCCUGCCCUUCUAUUCCAGAACCCACCUCCAGCACUGCAGGACUGCAAUGAUUCUCUCGUUGGGAAAAUGGGCUUUGCUGAAUGGUCUGCUCCUUAUGAUUCCACUCAAGGUGGCAACCGACUGCCCAAUAACCACACAGCAGCUCCCUCAGGCCCUUCCCCCUCACCAUCUUCUUCUUCGGAUGGGGAGGAGCAAAAUGACACCAGCACUAAUCACUUGGCUGACAAGUCCUCUAGAUGGGAAGACCCCAGUGGCCGUGGAGGAGGCGCCUCCAGCGACAGUCACCAGGGCAACGGGAGUGGGCCAUCUAUUCCAUCGCUGCUGUCCAUGGCAACACGGAGCCACAUGGACAUCACAACCCCGCCCCUGCCACAGGUUAGCGCAGAGGUGCUGAGAGUGGCAGAACACAGACAUAGGAGAGGACUCAUGUACCCACAGAUCUACCACAUCCUUACGAAGGGGGAGAUGAAGAUGCCAGUGUGUAUAGAGGAUGAGAACAGCACUGACCUGCCUCCUGCCUCUCUGCUGUUCCGCUCUGCCCGGCAGUAUGCCUACGGGGUGCUGUUCAGCCUGGCUGAAACCCAGAGGAGGUUGGAAAGGCUGGCCAUGCGCAAGCGCGCUCCGCUAGAGGUGCCUCCAGUGAUUGUUAAGGAGUGGUGCGCCAGCAAGGCCAAGUCAGCUCUGACCCCAGAGCUGGUUCCGGCGCUGUGUUUUCGGGAGUGGACCUGUCCUAACUUGAGGCGUCUGUGGCUGGGCCGCGCCUCAGAGGACCGCAGCCGCCGCACCCGAGCAUUCCUGGCCUGCAUGCGCUCAGACUGCCCUGCCCUGCUCAACCCUGCCUGCGUGCCAUCCCAUCUGCUGCUCAUGUGCUGUGUCCUCAGGUAUAUGAUGCAGUGGCCAGGUGGCCGCAUUCUUCAGCGCCACGAGCUUGAUGCCUUUUUGGCCCAAGCUGUGUCUAACCAGCUCCAUGAGCCUGAUCAACUCCAGGAACUCAAGGUGGAGAAAGUGGACAACCGUGGGGUCCAGCUGGCCUCUCUGUUCAUGAGUGGUGUGGACACUGCCCUUUUUGUGAAUGAUGUGUGUGGGCAGCCGCUGCCCUGGGACCACUGCUGCCCUUGGGGCUUUUUUGAUGGGAAACUGUUUCAAAGCAAAUUGGCCAAGGCUACCAGAGAUAGGGCUGCCCUGCUGGACAUGUGUGAAGGCCAGGAAGAACUGGUGUCUCGUGUGGAGAAGAUGCGACAGGCCAUUCUAGAGGGCAUUAAUCUUUCACGGCCCCCUCCCCCACCCCCACCUCUGCCUCCCCCAGCAUUCCUGCCUCCUGCUAUGGUGCCACCAUUCUACCCUGUGCACCCUCUGUACCCACCUCGGCCCCUGGGCUCCAUGCCACCUCCGCACCACCAGCACCGGCCAAGAGCCUUCCCAGGUAUCCAGUCUAUACCUCCUCAAGGUGGGAAGCUGGAGAUUGCUGGCAUGGUCGUAGGUCAGUGGGCUGGAAACAAACCUGUCCGUGGCAGAGGGGGCUUUAACAUGCAGGUGGUGUCAGUGGGAGGAGGGAAAGGAAGGGGUAAAGAAAUUACGCCAAAAGGACGGGGAGGGAAGAAAAUGACCACCAGUCGAACACAGAAUCUCUCCUCAUCGCCCCCCUCUACCAGCCCCCCAAAGCUGGCAGAGGAGCCCAAGACAGUGGGGCGGCCCUCUGGAACUGGUGAGAGAGCUGGGGGCGUGUCCCAGCAGCUGAAUGGCAGCUCUUCAGGAAGCGCCACUGGUCAACCCAUUGACCUGCCACCACAGCCAAUCCAGUGUGCCUUAGCCAGCAGAGACAACCAAUCAGGAGAUGGGGUGGAGGUAGAGGCCCCUUGUUGCCUUGACGACUGCCCAUCAGAUGGUGCACUACAAAAAGAGGAGUAAUUACAUCCCAUAGUGUAAUAAGAAUGAUUGAGUUGAGAGGGAAUGAUCCAAGUUCGACUGCCUUUUCCUUGCAAAAUAUGAUAAUUAGGGCACAGUAGCCACUUUGUGUUGUCAUAAGAAUAAUUUAUGAUGUUACAGAUGCUGAAAACUAUAGAUGGACAGUGUGAGAAGGAGUGAGGUCUAUGUCACCUUAACAGCAGGGUUCUGAUUUGCAACUGAGCGAAGUUAAAAUCACAACCUUCGAUUGCACUUUGCACUGAAUCUUUUCGAUUCUGGAUCUCAGCCUUUCCACUGCCCCAUCAGGGUUGUAGCAUUGUGACAAGCUCUCAGUCUUUUCACCUUUCUAACAUUUUUGUUUUAUUUUGAAACAUCUUAGAACAUCAGUGUUGGUUGUAUCCGUAUGAUAGCCUAAAAUGGCUACCGUAGGCCCUUACUGCCCAAAGUAUAUUCUGAUUUAACCCACGUUCGUUUAACUCUUAGCUGGCCAAUUUAAGAGCACCCUAAUCUAUGUCCAAGUGUGUUUGAAACAACGUUUAGUUGUCUGUCUGCUGAAAAAGCAAUGCUUACGUUACCAAGGCUGUAGAUCCGAAAUUAACUCAUCAAGCGUCCACCAAACCAACCAUGAGUCUUCAUGAUAAUUUAGUGUUCUUUGUUUUUGGUCUCCUUACACUAUUUGUAUGUAAUUUGGGCUGGAAUACUGAAUUAUUGUCAUGAUUUUGGUAUGUAAAAUGACUUUUUAAUGUAAUUUUUCUUAUAUCUUAAGCGGCUUACAGCGGUGUUACAUUAAUCGUGAAAAUUGAAUGGUCAGUCAGAGAUGUUGUCCCAAAUAUGUCAAAACCUGAGUUUCUUUUUCUUUCAAUGCCUUCUUUUUCUUAAAAGGUGGUACCAAGAACAAGCCCAGUUGCUAGUUACAUUUAUAGACAGUAUUGCCCAAUUUAAGAUAGAAGAGAAACAAACCCUGUGCAGAUUUGACCAGUUUGAGUUGUGAAGGCCCCCCAGUGCGCAGUGAUAAUGUAGCUACCGGCCAAUGAAAGUUGGACAUCGGCUUAUUCAUCAUCAGUCUCAUCAGGACUAAAAAGUUCAUUUAAAUUGCACAGCAAUGUCCUAUUCUUGAGUUUUGAUAUCAUAAGCAACCCAUUGUUUUCACAGCGAACCAUAAAGGUCAGUUUAGUUUCAAUCCUGACUUUGUUGCAGGACAGUGCAGGUUGUGUCACAGUGAAUUGCUGAAUUCAUGUGUGUUGGUUUGCUCAUUUCAGUCCUUCAGAUUCUGUUUGCCAUCUAAGUAACCUGCCAUUGCUUCAAGCACAGGGUCAGGCUCCCCCCCUGGUGGCUUAGUCCAAGCUCAGAGAAAGAGAGAGAGGUGGCAAGACAGUGCAGAGAGGUGAGAUGUGAAGAAUAGCUCAGUGUGUCUGCAGGUGCAGAAGGAAUGGAGAUGGUGUCAGGCAGGAGUGGUGUUGCUUUACUGGCUCCACACUUAAUAGCUUUUUUUCUCUCAUGUAGUCUUGUGACAAUCUUUAUUGUUUUAUUUUUAUUUUUUUUUAUUACUCCCCCCUUUUGAGUCCCAGUAAUAGAGCUACUAAUAUUGUCCUAAGAUGAUAUAUAUUAUAUUUUGUAAGCACCUUAUGCCCCCAAAUGAUAGAUAUGCAAGCCCAAAGCCAAACUGAAGAAGAAGCUCUUGAAAAUUGAUUGUAUUCCAACGUAAAGCACUUAUAUUAUUUAUGUUUGAUGUGGUUAUAGCACAGUACUCUUUAGCUACAUCCAUGUGAUGAAAUAGCCCAAGCAUUUGAUGUUAAAAAGCUUCCUCACUUUCUGUGUUGUGUAAUAGAAAUCAUUACCAACAGAUCUGAAUGUGAGAACAGAGUGCAUAGGAAGCAGCACUUUGUUUUAAAAACCUGAAAACACACUGGAUCGCCCUUGACCCAGGAUAAAGAAAAAAGUUAGGGAGAAAACAAAACGUUAUGUGGAGAAGGAACCAUGAAACCAAUUGAUAUCUUAGAUGUUUUGUAUAUACUGUAGACGUAAUCUGUGUGAUCUCAGUGCGCGAUGAUGCAGUGGAGUGAUUUUAUCAAUGGUUGGGAAUGCACACAACCUGUCAGCCCUGAACUCCACUCCACUGCUGCUUGUCACUUGAAAUGAAGAUACAUUUCCAUCCGAGCUUUAAGUGCUUGAGGUUUUGAGUUUUAGCUGUUCAAAUUCAAACCCCUCUGAUUCUGCUCUCAUCCUCCCUUUUGUGCCUAACGUACAUGUGCACGUGCAUUCGCCCACCAUAGCUAAAAUCAUUUAGAUUUCUGUAAAACACAAAUUGAACGUUUAAAAUUAGUUCCUGAAGUGACGAGAACCUUUUGUGAUGCGGUCAGCUAACAGAGAACAAAAGGAAGAAGGCCUCUCUGGACCUUCCGUGACAUUAUGCUGUACGUGGUCUUGUUUUCGUGACAUUACGCUGUUUGUAUUGUCUUGUUUUCGUGAUGGCCCGUGGAACUUGUGCACUUCUUACGGAAAGCACUUUUAUCGAAGCAGAUGGGCUUUAACGAACCCAGAUUAGAUUCAAAUGAUCAAGCCUUCUGGCUUGUAACCUUGAUUUGACACUUUGACACAAAGGGGCAGGAAAGUCCCUUAUGUGAACAUGUUUUUUGUACCUAUGAUAUCAAGGAUGUUGUGAAUGAGCUUCAAUUUGUAUUGAAGGACAAAAUAAUACACUAGAGAAAGGCUUUUCCAAUAAUUACGUUGUUUUAAUCUGAAAAAGUUAGGAUUAUCGAUUAUCCGAAUUACAUAAGUAGGCAUGUCAAUAAGAUGCACCUUAUUUUGUUAGGAUAUAGAUUUUUUAAAAAAAAAGUCUAUCUUGUGCCACAAAAUGUAUAUGGAAAGCUCUAUAAAAUCAAAUAAUGACAGACACCCAUAUUUAUGUUUGUAUAUUUUAGAAUUUUCCACAAUUGUGGAAACCCCUACAGCUAAAUACCAACUCGUUUAAUUGUAUACCCCCCUCAGAAGUAUCUCAGUUGGCAGCAGGAGUUUGUCUUUGCUGGGUAUCCAAGUUGAUGUUUCUUAGAAAAAGAGACAGAAUAUAAUAAUACUGGACAUACUUCACAGAACUAUGAUCAAUCAGGACUAAUCUAGACCAUAGCAUUACAGCUAGAGUACUGAAACUAGUACCAUAGAAUACAUACGACCGAAAUUAUUCCGAAGUUCAACCUUAGGUUGUUGGAUUUGAUGAUGAAAUUGUUCAGCCGUGCCGCCGAUAGAUGGAUGUUCCGUCGUUUCUUAAGCACGCGCUAACGCCUACACAAACACGCACGAAUACACACACACCCACAUCUGUACACACACACACUUAUUCGCUUCAGACGUAAUAUAGAUCGGUGAUCAAUUUUCAUUGUGUUUUUUUUUCCAUUUAAGAUAGAUACAAAAGUUUCAGUAAGUUCUCUAAGUGUCGUAGAAUAUCAGUUAUCGGAGUCACACUUAGCUUAAUUUUAGUCUCAAAGAUAAGAUACAACAUUAAUUCACAGACCCAGAAAUGGACACACGUACACAUACAUAUAGUUGUUUUCUUUUAGAGUCAUCAGUUAGAGAAAGUGUAAUGCAAGUUCACCUACAUGUGAAGCAUUAUCCAGAUUUUUUUUUUUUUUUGUUGUAGUUGAUUAUGAUAAUGCUUAAUUAGUGAUUUCAGAUGCGUGGUUCCCAAGUUUACCCUCUGCGAUGCUUCUUUUUCUGGCUUUUAUGUAUUCUCUUUUUGACUGUUCUAACGUCUUUCCUUCUUGCCAUUUAAUCAGCCAUUUGUGGAGAGUUCAAUACACAAUGCAGAGAUCCAAAUGUACAAUAUUUUACAGUAUUAAGUUCUGUUUAAGGGAUGUGUUCUGAUUUCCGAAUUAGAACCAAUGUUUUUCAUCGUCGUAUGCCUUUACCCCUUUUAUCCUAACCAUUUAUGGAUGAUAGUGAAAUAAUAGAACUCACCAAUUUAAUCAUAUGGCGAUAGUUAACGUAUUCAACGAUCUGUGGUUGAUUUCAAAACCCCCCAUUUUGCUGUUGAAUAUAGGCUACUAACAUGCACUCCCACAGUUCAGAUGCUUGCUCCUUCUGUAAUUCUACUAUAACGGAUCCUUUUUUCUUCCCCACUUUUCCAAGACCCACCUGCCAUCUCUUCUUUGUCUCGUUUUCACCACGUCUAGCCUCUUUCAUCUCUUACCAUGGCUCUGUUGUGGACUUGCUCGUACUCCAGUGCUGUCUCCUUACCCCGUUAUACUAACAGUAAAGGUAAUAUUAAUGAUAAUAAUCAGUCUUAUAAUCAGUCUGUAUGUAAUCGUAGCCAGAAGUUGGAAACAAAUGUUUUCAUCGAUGAACAACAACAAAAGAAAAAAAAAUCUAACCUAACCAUCUUUGGUUUGAAAUUGUGAAAAUUGUGUUUUUCUUACUUUUUCUUUUUCUCUUUUCUUUCUUUCAAAUGUUAUUACAAGUGCUACUCCUUUGACCGUCGCUACAGUUAGUAUAAUACGCUUAGCAGAACUAGAUAUCUUUCAACUGUAAUGAUUGCAAUUUUCCUUACCUUUUAUGGUAUUUGUUUCAGACCACUUCACCAUUAUGAUGUAAUUGUAGCCAUCGGACUAAAGCGCAGCAUCGUCGCGCGUUUUCAGAUACUCCGAUCAAUCAGUCGAGAUGAUUCAAAAGCCGAUCGAGUCAACGUUGACCAUUGCAUCCUUGCACAAAAACAGAGAAAUGUUCUCUCUGCUACUAAAAACCAAAGUGCAUAUUACCUUAAUAUUUGUCAGUUCUUUAGUUUCUGGAACCCAUAUUUCUACAUUUCAGUGAUUUGAGAUUCUAGAAUUCAUAUUGUGGGUCCAUAUGAAGGAAAUGUGGUGUUUACAUCUUUCUGGUGAAAAGUGGCUGAGUUGUGUAUCGUCCGGUUUCAUUGCUACAAAUUAAGUUUUUUUUGUUUUUUUUUUUUUGGUUAUUUUUAAUCCUUUUUUCUGAAGUUGAGCCUUGGACGCAGGUUUCGAUACAGUUCAAUCAAACCACCCUUUACAGACUCCCAUGCACUUGUAAUGUCCUGAAAAUGUAGCUUCAUCAGUAGUCAUGGAUAGGUUAAAUGUAAACACAUAACUGUAAACAGGCUCACAUACACGUACACCUAAGCUAUUGUGAGGAGUUUUUUGCCUGUGCAUUCCUUGUAGAUUCGUGUCUGGAGCUUAGAUUUGAACUCUUGCUUUAAAAAACUGUUCCCCCUGUAUCCUAGCUCUGUAGCCCUUCACUUCACAGGACCACCUGUGUGGCUUUGAUUGGUGUUGUAAGGUCUCGACCCCGUUACGAUAACAGCAAUGUGUUGUGUACAAUGGCCCACUGACGUCCACCGUUCUCUUUGCUGGACAAGUGCCCUCUACAUUCGAACCUUACUGCUUUUUUUUGUAAACAGCAUGUUUGCCCCAUCAUGUUUCCACCCAGCCCCAUUUGUAGGCAACACAUUCUGUCGUCUGUUCUUGGAAAACUGAUCCAUUCAUCAAGGCGAACGCAUUGAUGCAUGCAUCAAGGUCUCCAAAAGAACUUGUGUAGUGAAGGGUAAAACUUCAUUAUUAUUAUUAUUGCUGUUAUGGUUAUGAUCGUUAUUAACAGUUUCUCAUUUUUAGUAUAAAGAAAGCACCAGAUUGUUUUGGAAAGAAAACCUUUUUUAUUUGUCUUGCUGUUGUGGUCUGAUUUCACAAUGCAUUGAGAAGAAAGCCAAAAGGCUGAGAGAGAGAGAGAAAGGAAGAGAGAGAGAGAGAGAGAGAGAGUCGAAGUUGGCAGUCAUGUUUGUAUGGUUGGGAAAUGACUUACAGUGCUGAAAUAAAAUUUAUUCUUUUAGUAAUUUU